AUGGUUGAUCAAAUACAGUUUUCUUCCUUAAAUAUUGUGUUCUUUUCAUUGUCGGGUUCUUUAUGCUCUUCUUGCACAAAGGAAAUAUAUUCUAUCAAACUUCCUGGGGAUCCAAAGCUGGGUGAAGGAAAGCCUGAGAACCAAAACCAUGCAAUAGUAUUCACUCGUGGUGAUGCACUACAAACUAUUGAUAUGAAUCAGGACAAUUAUCUUGAGGAGGCUAUGAAAAUGAGAAAUCUUCUUGAGGAGUUUCAUGCGAAUCAUGGUCGUCGCUCUCCAACAAUUCUCGGAGUGAGGGAACAUGUUUUUAUGGGAAGUGUCUCAUCCUUGGCUUGGUUCAUGUCGAAUCAAGAAACUAGCUUUGUAACCUUAGCUCAACGUGUUUUUAGAAAAUCCUCUCAAGUAAGUUGUGUUUAUUGCUGA